AUGGUGUCCUCACAAACAAUGCUGGAGGACGGGAAGUCAGGGCUGGGGGAGCUGGAGAGCGUGCUCAUCAUCUUCCAGCAUGACCACCUGCAGACGGUAGCGGCGGCGGCGCUGCUGACACCUUCCACCAUGGACAGCUUCGACUUAGCCCUGCUCCAGGAAUGGGACCUCGAGUCGCUGUGGGGUGAAGACAUCUUAAACCAGAGGAAUGACUCUCUAGUUGUGGAAUUUCAAUCAUCAGCCAGCAGAUGCAGGAGUGUCUAUGAACCAGAUAGAAAUGCGUUACGGAGGAAAGAACGAGAGAGAAGAAGUCAGGAAACUCAGCAGGAUGACGGCACAUUUAAUUCCAGCUACUCUCUGUUCAGCGAGCCUUACAAGACUAACAAGGGGGAUGAGCUCUCCAAUCGGAUCCAGAAUACUUUAGGCAAUUAUGAUGAAAUGAAAGACUUUUUAACUGACAGAUCCAACCAGAGUCACCUCGUCGGUGUUCCCAAACCUGGGGUUCCUCAGACGCCUGUGAACAAGAUUGAUGAACAUUUUGUUGCAGAUUCCAGAGCCCAGCCCCAGCCCUCGUCUAUCUGCAGCACUGCAUCCUCUGCACCAGCAGCUGUCCCUGUGCAGCAGAGUAAGAGAGGCACCAUGGGCUGGCAGAAGGCUGGGCAUCCUCCAUCCGAUGGCCAACCACGAGCAACACAACAGGGCUCUCUCAGGACCUUGCUUGGAGAUGGUGUUGGCAGACAGCAGCCGCGGGCCAAACAAGUCUGCAAUGUGGAGGUGGGUCUUCAGACCCAGGAGAGGCCACCAGCCAUGGCAGCCAAGCACAGCAGCGGUGGACACUGUGUUCAGAACUUUCCUCCAUCCCUGGCUUCGAAACCCAGCCUGGUCCAGCAGAAACCGACUGCAUAUGUGCGGCCAAUGGAUGGCCAAGACCAGGCUCCUGACGAAUCUCCUAAGCUUAAGUCAUCUACAGAAACCAGUGUGCACUGUGCUUCAUACAGAGGUGUCCCAGCCAGCAAGCCGGAAUCAGCCAGAACCAAGGCCAAGCUUUCCAAGUUCAGCAUCCCCAAGCAGGGAGAGGAGAGUAGAUCUGGAGAAAGCAACAGCUGUGUCGAAGAAAUAAUUCGGGAGAUGACCUGGCUUCCACCACUUUCUGCUAUUCAAGCACCUGGAAAAGUGGAACCAAGCAAAUUCCCAUUUCCAAAUAAGGACUCUCAGCUUGUAUCAUCCGGACACAAUAAUCCAAAGAAAGGUGAUGCGGAGCCAGAGAGUCCAGACAAUGGCACAUCGAAUACAUCAAUGCUAGAAGAUGACCUUAAGCUAAGUAGUGAUGAAGAAGAAAGUGAACAGGCAGCCCAGAGAACUGCUCUCCGCGCUCUAUCUGACAGCACGGUGGUCCAGCAGCCCAACUGCAGAGCCUCGGUGCCUUCCAGCAAGGGCAGCAGCAGCGGCAGCAGCAGCGGCAGCAGCAGCUCCUCCAGUGACUCCGAGAGCAGCUCCGGAUCUGACUCGGAGACGGAGAGCAGCUCCAGCGAGAGCGAGGGCAGCAAGCCCCCCCACUACUCCAGCCCUGAGGCUGAACCAGCGUCCUCUAACAAAUGGCAGCUGGAUAAAUGGCUAAACAAAGUUAAUCCCCACAAGCCUCCUAUUCUGAUCCAAAAUGAAAGCCACGGGCCAGAGAGCAAUCAAUACUACACCCCCGUGAAAGACGAGGGGCAGGACUGCGGGAAACUUGCCGACGUUUGCCAAAACAGCCUGAGAGAGAAGGAAGUCAAGAGCACCUGCAAGGAGGAGCAGCGGCCCCGGACGGCGAACAAGGCCCCUGGGAGCAAAGGGGUGAAGCAGAAGUCCCCGCCCGCGGCCGUGGCUGUGGCCGUGACCGCAGCCCCUGCGCCACCCACGGCGCCUGGUGCCCCGGUGGAGAAUGCGCCCGCGCCUGCCCGGAGGUCGGCAGGCAAAAAGCCCACCAGGCGCACCGAGAGGACCUCAGCUGGGGACGGCGCCAACUGCCACCGGCCUGAGGAGCCCGUGGCCACAGAAGCUCUGGGAGCAAGUGUAGUGGUCCCCUCAGAGCCCACCAAAACCAGGCCCUGCGGCAACAGCAGAGUGAACCACCGCAAGGAGCUGCGCUCCUCGGUGACCUGCGAAAAGCGCCGCACGCGGGGCCUGAGCAGGAUCGUCCCCAAAUCCAAGGAGUUCAUUGAAACAGAGUCAUCGUCCUCGUCGUCCUCCUCGGACUCCGACCUGGAGUCUGAGCAGGAGGAGUACCCUCUGUCCAAAGCGCAGACCGCAGCUGCCACCACCUCCGGGAGUGACCAGAGACUGAAGGAGGCUGCCAACAGCGUCAGCAGCGCUGGUGGGGGCGGCCCCAGGGCCCCUGUGGGUUCCAUCAACGCUAGGACCACCAGUGACAUUGCCAAGGAGCUGGAGGAGCAGUUCUACACGCUGGUCCCCUUUGGCCGUAAUGAACUUCUCUCCCCUUUGAAGGACAGUGAUGAGGUCAGGUCUCUCUGGGUCAAAAUUGACCUGAACCUCCUGUCCAGGAUCCCAGAACACUUGCCUCAGGAGCCAGGGGUCUUGAGCACUCCUGCAGCCAAGGACACAGAGAGCGCACCGCCCAGCCACACAUCAGACACGGCCCCCGAAAAGGCUUUGCCGAAAUCCAAGAGGAAACGCAAGUGUGACAACGAAGAUGACUACAGGGAGAUCAAGAAGGCCCCAGGCGAGAAAGAGAGCUCUUCACGCCUGGCCACCUCCACCAAUAAUACUUCGUCUGCAAACCACUGUAACAUGAGCAUCAACAGCGUGGCCAUACCAAUAAAUAAAAAUGAAAAAAUGCUCCGGUCGCCCAUCUCACCCCUCUCCGAUGCAUCUAAACACAAAUACUCCAACGAGGAAUUAACUUCUUCCAGCCGAUCAAAUGGCAGCAGCUUAUUCACUUCUGCUCCUUCCAGCAAAAAGCAUAAAGCCGACAACCAGCUGCAGUCUCAUGCCGGAGACCUCACGGUUGGUAUGCUGCCAGUAAAAACAGCAUUGAUUAAGGAUCCCAUAUUAGGAAUUAUGAGCCACUGCCAUCUGCCUCGCAGCGCAGAUUAUUUUAUGCAAGAAGCUAAACGGAUGAAGCAUAAAGCAGAUGCAAUGGUGGAAAAGUUUGGAAAGGCUUUGAACUACGCUGAAGCAGCUUUGUCAUUUAUUGAGUGUGGAAAUGCAAUGGAACAAGGCCCCAUGGAAUCCAAAUCUCCUUAUACGAUGUAUUCAGAAACAGUAGAACUCAUCAGGUAUGCUAUGAGACUAAAAACCCACUCAGGCCCCAAUGCCACACCAGAGGAUAAACAACUGGCCGCUUUAUGUUACCGAUGCCUGGCUCUCCUGUACUGGCGGAUGUUUCGACUCAAAAGGGACCAUGCUGUAAAGUACUCAAAAGCACUCAUCGACUAUUUCAAGAAUUCGUCUAAAGCUGCCCAAGCCCCAUCUCCGUGGGGGGCCAGUGGAAAGAGCACUGGAACCCCAUCCCCCAUGUCUCCCAACCCCUCUCCCACCAGCUCCGUGGGGUCUCAGGGCAGCCUCUCCAGCGCCAGUGCCCUGUCCCCGUCGACCAUCGUCAGCAUUCCGCAGCGCAUCCACCAGAUGGCGGCCAACCACGUCAGCAUCACCAACAGCAUCCUGCACAGCUACGACUACUGGGAGAUGGCCGACAACCUGGCCAAGGAGAACCGAGAAUUCUUCAAUGACCUGGAUCUGCUGAUGGGCCCCGUCACCCUGCACAGCAGCAUGGAGCACCUGGUCCAGUACUCCCAGCAGGGCCUGCACUGGCUGCGGAACAGCACCCACCUGUCCUAG